AUGGCGCCUGAGGACCACGAGGGGGCCACGUCUCUGCUGCAGAGUUUCGAGCGCCGCUUCCUGGCUGCUCGCGCGCUUCCCUCCUUUCCCUGGCAGAGCCUAGAAGAGAAAUUAAGGGAGCCCUCGGGUUCUGAGCUGCUGCUGGCUAUUCUGCAGAAGACUGUGAAGCAUCCUGUGUGUGUACAGCACCUGCCAUCUGUGAAGUACGCCCGCUGCUUUCUCUCAAAGCUCAUCAAAAAGCAUGAAGCUGUGCCCACAGAGCCUUUGGAUGCACUGUAUGAGGCGCUGGCAGAGGUCCUGAUGGCCAAAGAGUCCACCCAGUGCCACCGGAGCUAUUUGCUGCCUUCAGGAGAUUCAGUCACACUUUCUGAGAGCACAGCCAUCGUGUCCCAUGGCACCACAGGCUUGGUUACCUGGGAUGCUGCUCUCUACCUGGCAGAGUGGGCCAUUAAGAACCCAGGAGCCUUCACUGACAGGACUGUCCUGGAGCUAGGCAGUGGAGCUGGCCUCACAGGCCUGGCCAUUUGCAAGGCAUGCUACCCCAGCGCAUUCAUCUUCAGCGACUGUCAUGGCCAAGUGCUUGAGCAGCUCCGGGGAAAUGUGCUUCUCAACGGCUUCUCCUUGGAGCUGUACACUCCCACUGACCCAAGCAGCCCAAAGGUGACAGUGGCCAAGCUGGACUGGGACGAGGUGACAGCCGCUCAGCUCUCUGCCUUCCAGGCAGAUGUUGUCAUUGCAGCAGGUAAUGUCCCAGUAGCAGCACUCACUCAGGCAGGGACAGUGAUGUCACAGCACACACUCCAGAGCCCCAGGUCCCGCUGUGGGGACCGCUGCUCUCAUUGCUGUGGUAUGAACUGUCCCCAGAAGACUUCAGAUGAGCCUUCCCUGGACCCAGCCACCACACCUAGACUGCCUUCCACUGCUGGUGACAAACAGCCACCCUGCAGUGUUAGGUGGGACAGACCAGCCACACAGCCUCUGGUCUUCCCAGGCCCACAUCCAGCUUCUCUACCUGUUAAUAACACCAUCCUGGGUCAUGUUUACAUGGAGUGACAGAGACCACUUCAGGGAACAGGAGCUGAGGGGCCCUGCCAGUGUCUAUGCUGGUUCCAUGCAGAUAUGCCAAGGAUUCACUAUCAUCACUGUGCCAUGUGGCCUUGGCUUGCCCCACCACUACAUCUGGGUCCCAGGUCCCUAUCCUGUGUCUUUCAGAGAUGACAAAAGAACAUGGAGUCUUUUGAGAGAAAACUGUUUGCCUGGGCCACCAAAGAUCCUUCCUAGAGGUCACCAGAAACAUGGCACAUCCCACAGUGCAGCUGACACAAGUGCCCCCAAAAGGCCCAAAGCCAGGCUUUACUAGCAGAUGAGCAAGGGACACAGAACUGAUGUUGCCGUGGGGGUGGGGGUCCACUGUAGAGGCUUUCAGAUUCCCUCCCUUUCACCUGGGGCAUCUUCCUAUGGAACAGCACAAGUCCUAACACCACCACUUAACACCAUGGGUCCUCACCCCAUGCAGAGUCAGCCCAGCCCCACACCCUCGCUCUGGGUACAGAUCCUAAUAGGAGGCCCUUUCAGUAACAGCCUUUCCAUUGUAGAUGUGCUAUACUGCGGGGAAGUGACACUAUCAUUGGUCAGGGUCCUGAAGAUGCU